UCCGAGUUCCAAUCACCGGCAACAGCAACCCCAAUCAAAGGAGCCCCCAGCUCCAGGCUCCAGCUGUGCCCACGCCCAGCGGUCGAGCGCCACCACCGCCGACGCCGACGACGACGACAGCGACAUGGGCAACAGCUUGCGGUGCUGCCUGGCCUGCAUGGUCCCCUGCGGCGCCCUCGACGUCGUGCGCAUCGUGCACCUCAGCGGGCACGUCGACGAGUUCAGCUGCCCGGUGGCCGCGGCCUCCGUGCUCGCCGCGAACCCCAACCACACGCUCACCACGGCGUGGUCCCCCUCCGGCGCGCCCGGCUGCGCCUCCAAGAAGCUCGUCAUCGUGUCGCCGGACUCCGAGCUCAAGCGCGGCCGCAUCUACUUCCUCAUCCCCUCAGCUACCCUGCCGGCGGACCGGAGGAGCAAGAAGCAGGGUAGCUCCAAGAAGAGCGGCGGCAGCAAGCGGCCGAGCCGCCACCACCACCACUCCAAGAAGAGCAGCGCCGGCGACACGGCGGAGCAGGACAACUACCUGAGGGAGCUGCUCUCCGAGAAGACCGCGUCGAGCGGCGGCCACCGGAGACGGCGGAGCGGCGCCCGCGUCGGCGUGUGGCGGCCGCAGCUGGAGAGCAUCGUGGAGGAGGCCUCGGAUUAGAGAGCUCGAAGAGCCCUCUCUUCUUCUCCUUUGGUCUCGCUUAUAUUCUUUUGGUUUUCUUUCUGAUCUGCCGAUGUGAAUACCACGAUCGAGGACGUGUCCCCGUCCGGCCGGUUCUCACCUCUCGAUCCCCUGACGACUCUGUAUUGCGAUGUCCAAAGGGUUGAGCGGUCUUUAGCUCGGGAGAUGAGGGGGGAAAUUGUGACAAAAUAAAUUGUAAGAGCCCCAAACUGUACAGAGAUUUGGUUGAGUUCAUCCGAAAUUUGAAACAAAUUUGUCACCUGUUAA